UAUGAUUACCGUGUGUUUUGUGAACCAUGUUACGCCAAGUCGCAACACUCAAAUGAUCAAAGUGUUCUGAAUUCACAGUGUUAUGGUUGAAAGAAAAAGAUUUCAUGUUUCCUUCCAAAAGUUUUUAUAAUUUAUACAUUGUAAUGUUGUUAUGGAGUGGUUGUUCAUAUUAGCGUCAAUAGCUACAUCGUUUAUUAUUGUAAUAUUCUUCAUUUUUAUUGGUUGGUGCUUAGUUUGGAAACUUUAUUUGUCAAAAUUCAAAUUGGUACGUGAAAUAUUUUCUCAACAAGCACCCGAGGUUGAAAACUCAAGCAAGACUUGUAAGGAAAGUUGAGUUACUGCCAGAAAAAAUGAAUAUCCGUUGUGCUAAACCCGAGGACCUAAUGAACAUGCAGCAUUGCAAUUUGCUGUGUCUUCCAGAAAAUUACCAGAUGAAGUAUUAUUUUUAUCAUGGACUAUCGUGGCCGCAGCUAAGUUACGUUGGGGAAGAUGAAAAAGGGAAUAUUGUAGGAUAUGUGUUGGCCAAAAUGGAGGAGGAUUGUGAAGAUAAUCCUCAUGGUCACAUUACUUCCCUAGCGGUAAAACGGUCUCAUAGGAGGUUAGGACUUGCUCAAAAACUAAUGGAUCAAGCGGCAAGAGCUAUGGUUGAGUGUUUUCAAGCCAAAUACGUGUCAUUGCAUGUGCGUAAAAGUAACAGGGCUGCAUUAAAUUUGUACACCAAUACAUUGAAGUUUACCAUAUCUGAAAUUGAACCUAAGUAUUAUGCUGACGGAGAAGAUGCGUAUGCUAUGAAAAAAGAUUUAUCUCAUUUGACACUUUUAUGUGCCGAUGAUGAUAUUCCAAGCAGUGAUACUCUUUCUAAUGCUGUGAAAAAAAUUGAAAUUGAUUCUAAAUAAUAUUACUUAAUAAAUUCUAUAAUACCAUAUA